AUGGAGAAUCGCGAAUCGUAUGAGGAUUUGCAGGCCAAAAUCGCAGACUACCGUGAAAAGAUCCAGCUCGUACAAGAGGCGCUAGAGCAGGACCCUGACAACGAUGAGCUCAAGGCCCUGCAGGCUGACCUUCUGGAGGUCAUCCAGCUCACCGAGGACCUCAUCCAGUACAAGAGGCAGAAUGAAGCCACGGCGAUCUCCACCGCUGCGGCCGCCGAGGCGCCAGAGCCUGAGGAAGCGACGUCCGCAACAGGCGGGAAUGCGCAAUUUCUGGGUAUGUCCGCCGCUGCAACCACACGGGGGUCAUGCAAUGCAGGGCGUAUAUGCGUAGUGCUCUACAAUGGGAAGCAAAAGUUCGGGCAGAUCAUCCAGCUCUUGGGCGAUUCGCCGAGCGACCAGGUUGUCAUCCAGCUGGUGGGUUCGGGCGAGCAGUGCGCCCUGGCAGCCAAGGACCUCAAGCUCGUGGACGCGCCUGCGCCCGACCUUUGCAAGCCGGGUACCCUGGUCCAGGUGCUGUACUCCGAGGAUGGGCGAUGGUACGACGCGGUGAUUAACAGGGAGACCGAGACCGGAUACGUCAUCACGUACAAGGAUUACAACAUCUCCGAGGAGGUGGCGCGUGAUUGGGUGCGGCUCAAGAUCAGACAGGAUGCCAAGUCCAAGGAGGUGAAGGAGAUAGUGACGCCCGCGGGAUACCGAAUCCCGGAGAAUCUCAUCAUCAAACAGAACGACAACGAGAAGGAAAAGAUGAGGAAGAAGAAGCUCGUGCAAACCCUAAAGAAGCAGCAGAAGGCCGAAAGGAUCGAGUCCGAGGCUAACCAGCGUGCCAACAGCUGGCGGAAGUUCCAGGAAAAGGCUGGCAGCAAGAACAAGAGCGGCUACAUGACCGGCAAGCGCGAAGGCUCCAUCUUCAGCAGCACAGACCAGGACACAUCGCUCAGCGCACCCAACAUUUUGUACAACUCUUUCGUGCCUCGCAAAAAGUUCGACUUCAACGAACGUCAAUAUAUAUAUCGCAACACAUUAAAGCACAUGGCAGAGAGCGGGACGCAAAGCGCCGCUUUCAACGGCGUCAAGGGCGCCUGCCACAUCAGCGAUGGCUUUCUGUUCUUCGAGACGGAGAGCGGCAAGUUCAAGUGGUCCUUCUCGACGUGGAUACGGUCUGAGAAGUCGAAGAAGGCCGCAAAGGUCAGGCUGACGUUCACCGAGGGCCCUCUUAAAUUGACGCCAGAUGACGCGCACGCUGAAGCCCUGGAGAAGGCUGUGAUCGUUGUGGACUUCGGUGACGACAGGGACGUUCUUGAACGCUUCUGCAGCCAAGUAUCGCAAGAAUCCGCGCCAGUUAAGGUGCCUAAGGUCGUUCCGGAGGUUCCGGAGGCGCCUCGCAAGGCACCUCAGGAGGUAGUGGCAACCGCGGCACCGGUGCUGCCAAAGGAGGACCACAAAAGCAUAAUCCACAGAAACAAGCAACGGCUUUUACAGGCCGGAGGAGACGUUGCCCAACUGUAUCAGCAGUUGGUUGAGGCUGAGGAAGGCUCUGCGGAGGGCGUUGUGUCGCCGGACGACUUCUGGAGCCACCACAGCGUGGACCUUAUCGCAUCACUCGAGCAACCGGAGGCCCCGUCGCACCUAGACGGGUUCAUCGCAAUACCGCCAAGCAGCGAAUUCGUGAAUGGGCACAGGCUCUACCGGUACAAUCCCGAGCUGGGCAGGGCGCUCCUGGCGGAAGACGAGACCAUCCGAACGCUCCACCAAAAGUUCGUGCAUGAGCGGCAAUACCCCGCCGAAAGCUUCUGGAAACGCAUACUGCAAUCGCGUCACUUCUAUCACAUUAUUGGGGAGAAGAUUCCCGAAAACCAGGUGUUGUACGAUGAUAUCAAGGGCGUACCGAUCAAAAGCUUCGAGCAGCCUCAACCCGCUGUGGGCUCGGUGCUGCAGCAGGUCGACCCGUUGAGCGAUGUGAUACGCGUGGACGACUUGACGAAGCGCAAGCCGUCUGCUUCGUCAGUCGCCAAAAGGUUUGGAGACCAGGUGGCGGUCGACUCCAAGCCGUCCAUCGUCGACCGGUUCAACGCACAUGCUGCCAAGAUCAUUGACGGGUGCAGCCGUCCAAGCAUCCUGAUGGACUGCAAGGUGGACCCGAAAACGCUGGAGGAACGGGCGGAAACCGAACGCAAGCGUAAAAUCGCGGACGUUUACUUUCACGACCUAUCGACGCAGUACGACCAAAGUACUGAUGACAUGUGCAUCAUACAGGGGCUGAACAUGCCCGGUUACGCCAGCAGCCGGUCGAACUCCUUCGACGAGCAACGGGGCGACCACAGGGAGCCCGUUAAGAAAAUCGCCUUCAAGAUGCGCACCAACGCGGACAUGGCGCGCGAGAUCAGCCAAUCCGUCGAGGAAAUGCGGCGGUUCGACAUAAUAAAGUAUAUCCGGCGGCCGAUGAACGACGACACCGCCAGCAGGCGCAUGUUCAUCCUCAACACCAAGCUCUGCCAGUCGGAAAAGAUCACCCAAACGGUGCCUCUGGAGUACGACGACACGACCGUGAACAGGAUGCGCCAGUACCAGAUGAGCAUCAUGGAGAUUCUGCAACUCUACUACAAGACCCUGCUGCCCGAGGAGCAGAAGCGGCUGAAGCUGCUCAUUGCGAUUCGGCAGCUGAAGGGUAAGCUGGAGGGCCAGCAGGAGUUCGGCAUUUCUGCCUACGCCGCGAAGCCGCUCCAGACGGGCCUCAUGAACCAGAUCACUGCGGUGGAGGUCUAUGAUACAAAAUUGAAAGCGUUCGUCGCGGACCUCAGGAACCAGGCGCAGCAGCGCAUAGUUAAGCCUAAGUGA